AUGGCGACCGAAGUUAUGACCGAGGCCGAGCAACAUGCUUCGCCAGAGACCAAUGAUUCUAGGAAGCGCAAGUCGCAAAUCGACGAGAUUGAGGUAGACUUGACGCUACCAGAGCCGCCAUCCAAAAAAGCGAAACGACUUCUCAAGAAAGGCAAACCACUUCCCGAAAAGCCCAAGAGCGACGACGAAGCUGAAUCAGAUGAUGGGUUAUCUAUACCCAAGGGCGCAUCUAAAGGCGGGAAGGGAGAUAAGAAAUCUCAACGCUCUGAAUACGGCAUAUGGAUAGGAAACUUGCCUUUUACCGUGACGAGAGUGGAAUUGUUCAAAUGGCUGGUGGAAAGCUCAGGCGGCGUGAUAAAAGAAGAGAAUAUUACAAGAGUCAACAUGCCUACGAGUAAAUACAAUGGGGAUAGGAGAUACGGCAAUGCUGAAGAUACGCCAAAGACUCAAAACAAGGGUUUCGCAUACGUGGACUUCAACGUGGAAACCGCAUCUGUUGCCGCCAUGGCGCUUACAGAGACAGAACUAAGCGGUCGAAAAGUCUUGAUCAAAAACUCCAAUUCGUACGAGGGACGACCCAAAAAGGAAGCUGAGAAUGGAACUGCCGCCGCCACCGGCGCUACAACAAAUAGCAACCAGACAGUAGAAAAGGCCCCCACCAGCCGCAAAAUCUACGUCGGCAACCUCUCCUUCCAAACCACCGACGACGACCUACGCGCGCACUUCGACAAGUGCGGCGACAUCGAAUGGGUCAAGGUGGCAACAUUCGAGGACAGCGGGAAGUGCAAGGGGUUCGGAUGGGUCAAGUUCAAAGAGCCAGAAGCAGCAGGGUGGGCGGUAAAGGGGUUCAUCAAGAUCAAAGAAGAAAUCGAGACGGAGGAAGAUUUCCGUGAUGCGGAUGAAAAAGCGGACGGAGACGGAGACGGAGACGGAGUGGCGCGAGAGGAGAAGAAAUUCAAGAUGCGCAAGUGGUGGGUUAAUCGCCUUCGGGGACGCGAGCUGAAGAUUGAGUUGGCGGAGGAUGACCAGGCGAGGUAUAAGAAGAGGUUUGGUAAGGAUAGGGAUCCUCAAGGGGCGGGCAAGAAGGAAUGGGGGAGGGAGAGGCCGCUGGGUGAGAGAAGAGAGCCUAGGCCGGCGCGGAGGACGGAUGGGGAUGUGAAUGCGGAUGGGAAGAGCGAGAAGCCUGCGAAGCCCAAGUAUGGAGAUGCGGGCGUGGCGACGUAUCUUACUGGUGCUGUUGUUAAGCCCCAGGGUAAGAAGAUCACGUUUGAUUAG